AUGGUGUACGUGUCUAAUGGUCAGGUCCUGGACAGCAGGGCUCAGUCACCAUGGCGACUGUCCCUACUGGUUGAUCUCUUUUGGGGAGCAGUGGAGUUUAUUGGCCUCUUUUUCAAGACAAUAAUUCACCCUGACCUGUCUAAGGAUGGAAACAGUGCUUCGUCACGCUUCUCUGAUGGCAGAGGGACCCCCCGGUGGCAGAAGGAGGAUGGGGAGAAUAACUCAUGGCGCUGGUCCAACCCCACCACCAAUGGGUGGAGGAGGAUGAGGAAGACCUUCCAGUUCAGCAACAUCAAAUGCUUACGAAUGCGUCAGUGGCAUUUGGUUACAGUCAUCCUCCUCUUAGUAGUGUUCGUCAUGAGGAUCCUCAGAGUCUCCUUGGGAACGGUACGGAAGCGAUGUCAUCUUCUGGCCUACGAUGCCAAAUGUGGUUGGCGGGAUUUCCAGAUGUUUCUGAAUGACAUGACUCCAGAUGGUCUCAAGAUCAGCCAGGACCGCCGAGAGCGAGCCUCCUGA